GACGGGCGACGGAGCGCUGCGGAGAGGAUGGCGCUGGAAAACAGCAGCAGCGCGCACUGGAUGGGCUCCCUGCCGCCCGCCCUCAGCGCCCUUCCUCUGGCCAAUCUGGCCAUCCCAGGGUCACAUGAUUCCUUCAGCUACUGGGUUGAUGAGAAAUCUCCUGUGGGACCAGAUCAAGCCACAGCGAUCAAGCGGUUGGCUAAAAUCUCUUUGGUGAGGAAGGUAAUGAAGAAAUGGUCAGUGACACAAAACCUAACAUUCAAGGAGCAGCUUGAAGGUGGAAUCCGCUACUUUGACCUCCGUGUAUCUUCCAAACCAGGUGAAGCAGGGCAAGAAAUCUACUUCAUACAUGGCUUGUUUGGAAUCAAAGUGUGGGAUGGGCUGAUGGAGAUCAACACCUUCCUAGAACACCACCCUAAGGAAGUGGUCUUCCUGGAUUUCAACCAUUUCUACGCUAUGGAUAACAACCACCAUGCAUACCUGAUCAGUAGGAUCCAAGAGGCUUUUGGAUCGAGACUCUGCCCAAAGGAGUGUGUGGAAAACGUGACAUUACAAAACCUCUGGGGAAAGCAGCAGCAGGUUCUCAUUUUCUACCAUCAUUGUCUCUAUGAACAAUAUCCCUUUCUGUGGCCCGGGAAUAAAAUCCCAGCACCAUGGGCAAAUACGACCAAUGUACAUAAACUGCUGCAGUUCUUGGACACUACUCGUGGGGAACGAGCAAAACACGGAACUUUUCAUGUUUCUCAAGCUAUUCUUACACCAAGGGUCAAAACCAUUGCACGCAAUCUCAUCCGUGGCCUGAAAAACACACUUGUUCACAAGAAUCUCCCUUCGAUUCUGGACUGGGUAAAGCUGCAGAAACCAGGCAUCAUGGGUGUUAACAUAAUUACAUCAGAUUUUGUGGAGCUAGUUGACUUUGCAACUACCGUAAUUGCAUUGAAUGACCUUCUCCUAGAAGACAAUGAAUCCUGACAACAGGAGAAGUUUUAAUGUGGGAAUGGUGUCCAGUCAUAUCAAGAACUUUCUUUCAAGCUCUCUCUCCACCUAUCAAUUUUGCUGUUUCACACAAUGACAAGGCACAAGACCACGUGUUGAUUGGAUUGCACAGUCCUCAACAGCACGGCUUCCUUCGUCCCUGUGCUGUAUGUAUGGCUGCUCUGCCUACAUCUCCUGAAAUACAGAAUGUGAUGCUGGCUGGACACUUCAACAUCUGUAAAUCAUUAGCAGGAGCCUCUCUCUAGACUUGCUGAGUGUGUGCAUCCUGCAUGUUAUGAAACCCAGGAGCCCAACUCUAAAGAUAAUUAUUGAACUCAAUAAGUACACAUUUACCAGACUAGCCAAAAAAAAUUGUUCUUGGCGACAACAGUCAGGCAUGUGCCCUGCUUUCUUCCUUUCAACUGUACUGUAUAUUAAACUACCUCAGUCACUAAAAUACAAAGCACAAACAGCGUCUCAACUGCUAAGAGUGACCUUUUUGUAAAUAUCAUACCGUGUAUGAGUUUUUAAGAGUUUAUUGUGAGGUAUAAAUUAAGUUUUUAAACCUC